CUAUUCACUUUUUUUUCAACACAUGGUUGUUCCAAGCCCACAUGCUUUACCCUCCCAAACGAAGAGCACCAUAUUAUUCAAAUUCCAAAAUUGAUGGGAUUUGGAUUUGAUGAGGCAAGAUUUGGAAAGGGAUCCAAAUUCUCAAGCACAGAGGCAGUGCCCGGCGGGCUAGAAUUUGAUCCAAAUGUAAAGUAACUGCUGCUCGGACCAAAAACCGUUUUCUUUCUCGCAACCCAAACGAACUUUGCGUUGGAUCCAAGGGAAGACAAAUAUAGCGACCGAUAGAGCCACCCCAACCGACCCCUUCCAACCCUAAGAGCACGACGACCGUCGAAGACGAGAUCGCCGAUUCCCUCUAUUUCCCUCUCUUUCUCUGCUAGACAAAUCGUGGGGGAGAUCUAAAAUGCUGAUUAGGAGAGGUGGGUGUUGUUGAAUCGUGGAGUUGCGGCUGGACUUGUUUUAGAUCGGAUGGACAAGGAGAAGAACAAGAACCGAACCGAUCUGCUCGCUGCGGGCCGUAAAAAGCUUCAACAAUUUCGGCAAAAGAAAGAUAGUAAAGGUUCUGGCCAUGGAAAAUCUUCAACUAAGUCUGGUAAGUCUGAUCAGCAUGAUGCCGAUGUUGAUGCAACAGCCAGUGCUGUUAAACCAGCUGCAAUGCUGCUGGAUUCUGAAGGGAAAGUCAAAUCAUCACAUGAAGUGUCAGUGCCACAUUCCAUGGAGAAUCUAGUUGCUUCUGAUACUGAUGUUGCAAUUGUUGAUCCUUUAUCACUACCUAUUUCACCCAAGAAAGUUGUGGGAGAAACAGGAGCAGUCUGCAUUAAUGAGUUGCUGCCAGAGAAUUCAGGGGUUGUUGAAAGUGUUGUUAAUAUCCCCCUGUCCAAAGAAGGGGCAGGAACUCAACUUGCGAAUACUAAUGUCAUUAGCAAUGCUUCUUCUGGUAGUUUUGAAAUGGCAGUUACUGAAGGGAAGCCUAUACAUGCUGAUGGGUCGGUGCCACUAGACAUGUUAACCCAACCUUUUGCUGUUGAUGACAGUGAGGGGGUUGCGACUGCAGCUGAACUAUUGCAUGUGGAUGGAGAAGCUCAGGAAGCUGACCAUUUGGGUUCGGACCAAUUUGAUAAAAGUGGUGGGAUUGAACCUAAAGGAGAUGGGAGGCCAGCUGUCUAUGUGCUUGGUAAUAGUCGUGAUGUUGUUGCAGGGACAGCAGCAGACCAGACUGGCGUCAUAGAGGUAGACCGUGAACCUCAAAGCACUGAGGUAGUUGAUGUACCUGCAGCUGCUGUUGCAAUCGGCAAUGCAUGUGAGCAUCCCGUUUCUGCUAUGGCUACACUCGAGGCAGAUGGAUCUAAAAACGUAAGACAUGAAGUAACUGAUCAGCAGAGAGGAGAAAUAGCAGCAGAGUGUUCUAAAGGAGAAAAGUUUGAAAUGCAAUCUGGCUCGGAUAUUUCUGAAUAUUACCAGAAAUUAGGGGUUCAAGCAGAUACAGAAGACAGUUUGGCUGAUGAUGGGUAUGAACAGCAGAAAUUACCCGACAAAUCUAUCUUGUCUGAAGUUAGUAACCGUGAAAGACCUCCCGAAAGUACAACUGACAGCUUAUCAGGACAACGUAGAGCAUCUUCCGUUGUGGAUUUAAGCUCAAUCAGUCUCUCACAACUUGUGGAGUUGUUAAGGGGGCUUGAUGAAGACAAAUUUAGGUUCUUACUCAACUCAAGAGAAUCAGCUGCCAAUGCUGAAUUGGGGCAUGCAGGCAGUUUGACCGUAUCCAACUAUGCAUUUGAUGCUGUGGAGAGAUAUAAAGAACAACUUUAUCUAACAAAUAUCACAAAAGAUUUAUUUCACUUGCAAUUUUUUGAAGAGUGUGAGCUACAAACGGAGUUUGAUCACCAGCGCUAUCAGCUGGUUGAUGAAAUAUCUGUUCUCAGUUCUUCACUCAGUGAGGUUCAAGAGAAGAAUAAAAACCUUGCUGAAGAGCUUGCACAUUGUAAGUCUGAGAUAGAGGAUGUUUCUGCUGGGAGAGUGGAUCUGCAAAAUCAAUACGAUUCUGCAAGAAUGGAGAUUGAAGCAUUUUCUGUGAGGGCUAAUGAGUUGCAGAUAGAACUUGAGAAGUCACGAGGGGAUCUGGCGGAACUCUCAGUGGAGCUAACUGACUGCAAGGGUUUGGUGGCAGAUUUACAGACAGAAAACGAAAACUUAAAUGUGAGUCUUGCUUCAGUGAAACAGGAGAAUUUGACACUUAAGGAGGAAAAGGAGUAUUUAGUCCAUGAGAAUGGAAAAUUGUCCUUGGAGUUAGCUGACAACAAAGAUUUAGUGGCAGCUUCACAGAUUGAAAGUGCUAACUUAAAUGAUAGGCUUGGUUUGACAAUCAAGGAGAGAAAUAAACUUGAGGAGGAAAAGGAACAUUUUAUCUGUGAGAACAGGAAACUGUUGACGGAGUUAGCUGAUGACAGGGGUUUGGUGAAUUCCCUACAGAUUGAAAAUGUGAACUUAACUGAGAAGCUUUCUCUUGUUGUAGAGGAGAGGGAUAAGUUGAGGGAGGGCCAAGAGAACCAUAUCCUGGAGAAAGAGAGGCUUUCAAUUGAGCUUAUUGUUCAAAUGGAGUUGUUGUCAAUCGAACAUGCAGAUCAUAGGCAGCUUGAACUUGAACUAGAAGAAAUGAAAUUGCGGCUUAAACAACUUACUGAGGAAAAUGCUGUUCUCAACUGCAGCCAUGAGAAGCAUAAGGCUGAGCUAAUAAGGGAGAUUGAUAACAGGCAAAUGCAUUUAUUAUCUCUACGUGAGGAAGUUGGGAAUCAAUUUGAAAAUCCUGAUGCAUUGAGCAGGGGCCAUGAAAACGGGACUGGUGGCGAAUACUCACUGCAAAUCUCUGGGAGAAAAGAUGAUGAAGUUUAUGCUUGUGUGUUGGAGCAACCGUUAUCUGAUGGCCUCAGUGAAGGGUUGCUGCCUAAGCAGCUUAAGCUGGAAUUCUAUGAUGACUUGUUUGGGUUUGUAGCCUUGAAGGGGCAUUUGAUGGAAGCAGAGAAGAUAAUUCAGAAACUUGAUGUGGCAAUUGAACAGAUGCAUUCUCAUUCAGCUUCUCUUAGCCGGCCAGGUGGAAGAGUGGUUGUGCAUGGGGUAUCAAAACUGAUUCAAGCCUUCGAGUCAAAAGCUCAAAUUGAUGAACAUGAGACUCAGGAAAUGCCUUCGACUGAAGAUCAAUCAUCAGCAGACCCUUUCUUAACAAAAGAGCACAUUGGAAAUUUGAGAGCAAUACUUAAGAAGUUGGUCUUGGAUGCUGAUAAUGCCAGUGAAUUGUUCAAGGGUGAGAGAGACAGUCGAGGAGUUGCUAAUGUUGCAUUCAAGGAGCUCAAAGAUCAACAUGAAGCUUUUAAGGAACAAACUUGCAAUUUUGAAGCUAGGAACAUUGAACUUGAGGUACUGUAUGAAGCUAUGAAGCAACAUGUGAGUCAUAUUGAAAGAAAGACCAGUGAGCUUGAGGUUUUGUAUGAAACCGUAAAGCAACAGGACAUCAGUCUUAACUCAGAGAACAGUGAGCUUUGUGAGAAGCUGAGUGGCUGCCAAUCAAGAAUUAAUGAAUUGCAGAGUCAGUUGAAUAAAAUCCAGAGAAGUUCAGAUGAGAUGGCUUCUGCAAUCUAUUAUCAGUUAGAAACUUUGCAGAAGGAAAUAGUGGAUAGAUCAUCAUUACUUGAGCAAGAAUGGAAUUCUACUGUUGCUCAGAUUGCUGAGACUGUUGGGAAGCUUGAUGCAUCUGUUGGGAGAUUUUCUGACACCAACAUUUCCUCUGGAACUCAAGAUGGCUUUGAGAUAAUUGCCUGUGUUGCUGCUUCUGUAAGCGCUGCCAUACAAGUAAUUGAGAACCUGCAGGCAAAGCUUGAAGCUACUUCUGCAGACCUUGAAGUAAGCCGCAUUUUGAAUGAGGAAAUGAACAAAAAAUAUUAUGAUUUGUAUGGGAGGAGUGACUUGGCUAUUGGUAUAUUGCAUCAGAUUCAUGGUAAACUUCAGAAACUUGUGAAUGACUAUGGUGGAUAUGUCAAAGGAAGUGAGAUGAACACACAGAAUGAAAAACUGAUUGAUCCCCUGUUUCUGAGCAACUAUGAAACUCUUAUGGAACAACUGAGCAAUUUUCUGGGUGAGAAGAUGCUACUUGAGUCCAACAACGACAAACUUAAUCUAGAGUUGAUGAAUAAAACAAAAGAUAUAGAGGAACUGAACAAAAGAUGUGUUGAUUUGAGUUUUACUUCUAAGUUAGUUGAAGAAAUUGGGGACAUAGUUAAGCUGGAAAAUAGGGGUGCCAACUCAGAUGAAUUACCUGUUUCACAUUUGGAGUCUUUGGUGUAUUCUCUUGUUAAGAAAUACAAAGAGGCUGAUGAGCAGGUCAGGUUGUGUAGAAGAGAACUUGAAUCGAAGGUGAUAGAGUUGAGUGAAUUGGAGGGAAAGACACAUGAAAUGUAUUCCUUGAAUCUGCAGCAGGAGAAUGAAAUCCUUGUUCUCAAGGAAAGCUUGAGUCAGGCAGAGGAGGCCCUUAUCAUUGUUCGUUCCGAAUUACAGCAGAAGGUAACUGAACUUGAACAGUCAGAGCAUCGAGUUUCUUCUGUUAGAGAGAAGCUUAGCAUAGCUGUUGCCAAAGGGAAAGGUUUGAUCGUGCAACGUGACAGCCUCAAGCAGUCACUUGCAGAGACAUCAGGUGAACUGGAGAGAUGCUCAGAGGAGUUGAAGUUGAAAGAUUCGAGGCUUCAUGAGGCUGAAACAAAACUUAAGACCUAUUCAGAGGCAGGUGAACGUGUGGAAGCCCUAGAAUCUGAGCUCUCUUACAUUCGCAACUCAGCUACGGCACUGAGAGAAUCAUUUCUCCUUAAAGACUCUGUCCUUCAGAGAAUUGAAGAAGUUUUAGAGGAUCUGGAUCUACCAGAGAAUUUUCAUUCCAGAGAUAUAAUUGAAAAGGUUGAUUGGUUAGCCAGAUCAGCUACUGGAAAUUCUUUGCCUCCGACUGAUUGGGACCAGAAAAGUGCUGGGGGAGGAGGUUCGUACUCAGAUGCUGGUUUUGUGGUUACAGAAACCUGGAAGGAAGAUGUACAGUCAAGCUCAAACAUGGGUGAUGAUUUCAGAAGAAAGUAUGAUGAGCUUCAAAGUAAGUUUUACGAGUUGGCUGAACAAAAUGAAAUGCUUGAACAAUCUUUAAUGGAAAGGAACAACCUGGUGCAGAGAUGGGAAGAGGUUUUGGACAGAAUCGAUAUGCCCUCACACUUGCGGUCUGUGGAGCCAGAGGACAGGAUAGAGUGGUUAGGAAGUGCAUUUUCAGAGGUUCAUCACCUCACAGAUAUGCUCCAGCGGAAGAUUGAUAACCUUGAAAACUAUUGUGGCUCACUUGCUGCCGAUCUGGAAGAGUCACAAAGAAGGAUAUCUGACCUUGAGUUGGCCCUACAAGGGGUUAUCCAUGAGAAAGAGCAUGUUUCUGGAAGAUUUGAGAAUCUAAUCUGUGAUAAUGAGAAAGUUUCAGAGAGGGCAGUCCAAUUAGAGCUUGAGAAUGAUAAGCUGCACACUGAACUAACUGUUUUGCAGGAAAAAUUGGUUGAGAAGAUUGGGAAUGAGGAUCGGAUUCGUCACGUUGAAGCUGUAAUAAAGAGAUUGCAGGAUUUGAUUAUUGAUGCAUUGCAGGAUCCUAUUACAGGAGAUGUGGUUUCUGAUGAUAUUGGUACAGAUUUUUUGGAAAGAUUGCUGAAGAAGCUUAUAGAGAACUAUGCAACCCUCUCCUCGAUUAAACCUGACCUUAGGAAUGCAGUUAAUGGGGACACUUCUGAACAUGAAGAUGCUACUCUAGUUGAACAGAAAAGCAGAGAUGCACUGUAUGCUGAGGAGCAGGAAGCAGUACUGAAGAAAGAACUGGAGGAGGCUCUGGGAACUUUGGUACAAGUGAAGGAGGAGAGAGAUGGAUAUAUGGAAAAGCAUAAUUCUCUGAUAUGUGAAAUUGAAGUGCUUGGGAAAAAAAAGGUGGAAUUACAAGAACUACUUGCUCAGGAGGAGCAGAAGUCAGCAUCUGUGAGAGAGAAGCUGAAUGUUGCAGUUAGAAAAGGGAAAUCAUUGGUUCAACAGAGGGAGAGUUUGAAACAAACCAUCGAAGAGUUGGAUACAGUGGUGAACCACUUGAAAGCUGAGAUUAAUCAUCAGAAAAAUGCUCUUACGGAGUAUGAAAAAAAGAUAAAGGACUGGUGCACCUAUCCGGAAAGAGUAGAACUCCUAGAUGCUGAUAACCAAUUCUUAAGAAAUCGUUUGUCAGAGACCGAGCAUUAUUUGCAUGAGAAAGACCAUAUCUUGAGCAUGAUAACAAAUGCUUUGGAUGACAUUGAUAUUGGUAAUGGAGUAAAUAUUAAUGAUCCACUUGAGAAGGUUGAACAUUUUGGAAAAUUCUGCCAUGAUUUACAUGCAACUGUGGCUUCUUCAGAAAAUGAGUUAAGGAAAUCCAGAAGAGCAGCAGAGUUGCUCCUCGCCGAGUUAAAUGAGGUUCAAGAGAGAAAUGAUAGUCUCCAGGAAGAGCUGGCGAAAGCUGGCAGUGAACUUUCAGAGCUCUCCAGGGAAAGAGAUUUAGCUGAGGCUGCCAAACUAGAAGCUCUUUCACGUGUUGAACAGUUAUCUAUUGUUCGUUCUGAGGACAGGAAGAAUCUAUUUUCUCAAUUUUUGGUGGUGAAGUCUAAUGUAGAUCAACUCAGGAAGGGUUUUUUUGAUAUUAAUAAUAUGCUAGCUGAUGUUCCCAAAGACUUGGAAUUGUUGCAUAAUCUGGAGGCUGCUAUGGAGUCAUGUCUGCAACCAAGUGGUGCUGCUGAGUUGGUUGAUCUGCCAUUUGUCAGUGCACCUGCUGGGAUUAUUUCCACCAAUUCAGAGAAUAAGGAUAACUUUCUAGCUACAGAUCUGUCUGACCUGAAGACGAAGGACCACUUCAGUGACAAUGAAAUCUAUGCUUUUGUUGAGAAUCAUUUAGAAGAAUUUACAUCAGAAAUUGGCGUUCUUAGAGAGAAAUUGUAUGGACACUUCAUAUCAUUUAAUGAAGAGGCUAAGAGACUAGCGAAAGUGAUGGGGCUUAUCCAAAGAGAAAUGAGUUCCCAAAAAGAGUCGGCAGACUUUAUGAAAAGAGACAUAACCCGUUUAGAGUCAAUUGAAAAACAAAAAGAUUCAGAAAUUUUCAUAAUGAAGAGAAAUAUUGCUUUGCUUCAUGAAGCAUGCAGUAGUUCAAUUCUGGAAAUUAAAGACAAAAAGGCCCAGCUUCUUGGACAGAGUUUGGCUGCUGGCAACCUGGGGUUGGACAUGAAACUUGCAAAUCCUGAUAGAGGAAAUCUUUUAACUGGACAGACUCCUAUGGAUCCUGAGGAAAAUAUCAGGGCUUUGGCAGAUAGACUGUUAUCGGCUGUGAAGGAUUUUGCCAGUAUGCAAAAUGAAAUUGUAGAAGGUAGCCAAAAGGAAAUGAAAGUUACCAUAUCUAAUUUGCAGAGAGAGCUUCAGGAGAAAGACAUUCAAAAAGACAGAAUUUGUAUGGAACUUGUAACUCAAAUUAAGGAAGCUGAAGCAUCCGCAACAAGUUAUGCAGCUGAUCUUCAAUCUGCAGAGACUAGGAUGCAUGAUUUGAAGAAACAGGUGGAAGCAUUGGAGGAGGAGCGGAACUUACUGGAGCAAAGAGUGAAAGAGCUGCGAAAUGGAGAAGGUACUUUGGUAGGUUUACAAGAUAGAGUUAAAGCACUAACAGAUGUACUAGCCGCCAAAGAGCAGGAAAUUGAGGCCUUGAUGCAAGCACUUGAUGAGGAGGAGGUUCAGAUGGAAGAGUUGACAAAGAAGACAGAGAAACUUGAAAAAGUCGUGAAACAAAAGGACAUGGACCUGGAGAAUCUUGAAGCAUCCCGUGCCAAGGCUAUGAAAAAGCUAUCUGUAACUGUGACCAAGUUUGAUGAACUUCAUCAUCUCUCUGCUGGCCUCCUUACUGAGGUUGAAAAGCUUCAAUCACAAUUGCAAGGUCGGGAUACGGAGAUCUCUUUUUUAAGGCAAGAAGUCACCAGAUCCACCAAUGAGGUUCUUGUUGCUUCACAGAUGAGCAGCAAGAGAAAUUCAGAUGAGAUUCAUGGCCUACUGACAUGGUUGGAUACAAUGAUCUCCCAAGUUCGGGUUCAUGAUGUGAAUCUUGAUGAUAAAAAGAGUGAUCAGGUUCAUGAAUAUAGGGAGAGAGUUCAGAAGCAAAUUACAUCCAUUGUGUCUGAAUUAGUGGAUCUACGGGUUGUGGCUCAAAACAGGGAAGCAUUGCUGCAAGCAGAAAGGAAUAGAGGAGAAAAAUUGUUACAGAGAGCAGAAACUCUUGAAUCUUCUUUACAUGAGAAGGAGUCUCAAUUAAAUUUUCUUAAAAAUGCUGGAGAUUCUGGACAGGCAACCAAUAUCACUUCUGAAAUUUUGGAAGUUGAGCCCAUGAUAAACAAACGGGCUGCACCUGGAGCCUCCAUUGCUCCUCAGGUCCGUAGUUUGCGCAAAGUCAAUAACGAUCAAGUUGCCAUUGCCAUAGAUACAGAUCCAGGAAGUAAUACUAGGCUAGAGGAUGAAGAUGAUGAUAAAGUUCAUGGCUUCAAGUCGCUCACUACAUCAAGAAUUGUUCCAAGAUUUACAAGACCUGCAACUGACAUGAUAGAUGGCCUAUGGGUUUCUUGUGAUCGAGCUUUAAUGCGGCAACCUGCUUUAAGGCUUGGUAUCAUUAUGUAUUGGGCUAUAUUGCAUGCCCUUCUUGCAACUUUUGUAGUUUGAGAGGCGACCAAAAAGGUUCUCAUUUUGUUUCGAGGGCAAGAUGGAUGCGGGAUCCCAUCAACCAUUUUGCCUCUUAGGUGCGUGCUAUCAAGCUCACAUGCAUGCUCAUUAAUGGCUUCAUUUGGACGUGCCCAGAUUGAUUUAUUAUUUUCCUCAACCCAGCUAAUGUGAUUUUGUUUUUUAUUUAUAAAUCACUGACUGCUUGGUUGCAUUCAAUAAGAGGAGAGAGAAGAAAAGAAUUAAAAGAGAAGGGAGUAGAAAAAAGGGGAGUGGGGACAGGGGGGAGGGUUGAAUCACACAUUAUUAUAGGAGACAGAUGAAUCGUUUAUCCACUUUAAAACAACCAAAAGGUUGUAUGCAGAAGUCACUAUUACAGGUUUUUGUGUAAAGCCUAAAUGGUUUUUUCUUGUAAGAUAGUGCAGUAAUGCAGCAUUUUUCAAAAUGGUAUGGCAGUUGUGU